AUGGGCUGUUAUCCUAGUCGCGUGAGUCCAACGCAUCGAAUAAUCGAACAACGACGGAAACAAAAAUUUACAACGGGUAAUGAAAGUGAAUUUUAUGUGGCCUGUAAAAAUGGUGACAUCGAAUUUAUUCGUAAUACCUUGCCGACGAUGACAAAAGAAGAUCUUGAUAAAUUAGAGCCAAAUGGUGAUACUGCAUUACACGUAGCAACUCGUGCGGGAUACGCUGAAAUUGUUGAUAUUUUAUUAAAAGCUGAAUGUUGUACAACAACGAUAAACUAUGCCGGUAGACGACCCUAUCAAGAGGCGUCCUCUGAACAAAUACGUAUAAAAUUUGAUCGUAGUACGGUAACUGGUGAAACAUCAGAUAAAUUUCAUGAUUCAGACACAAAUGUCGUUUAUGGAACAAUAUAUACAGGUUUAAUUAAACAUCAUCCGUUAACACCAGCUCAGACAAGAGCUACAACAGAAGAAACAGAAGCUAAAAGUGACUUUUUUCAUGCAUUUCGAACACGUGAAGAAUAUCGUGAAUAUGUAUUAAAUCAUCAGACAACAGCAAUGUGGUUACAAUUUUAUAAUUGGGUAUCACGUAAAGGAAUAAUUCAACAUCAAGAUUAUGAUAGCAGCUGGUUUUCACUAGAAAAGGAUCGCGAUUUUUUACAGUUUUUAGAAAAAACGUACAAAAACGAAACAGACCGUAAAAAGAUUGAAGAACAAUUACAGUGUCAAAAUAUUGAACCCUUAAUUACACUUUACACACACGAAGCUGCAAAGAACGAAACGACAGGAGAAAAAAUACAGUCGUUUUAUUCAGCAUUAAAUAAACAACUGGCAACAGGAGGAGAAAAUCAAGAACACAGUGCGCAUUUAUGUGACCGUUUCCUAAUGGAAUUUUAUGUUAGACAAAAUGAAUUAACAAAACGGACAUUUCGUGGUGCGACAUACCGUGGCGCAUCAAUGUCUGAUGAAGAAGUGUUGGCUUACGAAGAGGCAUGUGAUAAAGAACAUACUGGUAUUAUCUAUUUGAAAUCUUUUACAUCAACAACAAUGAGUAUUAAGGUAGCACUGAAAUUUAUACAAGAUAAAUUAGACAAACAACAUGAGAAGAAUUCGACAGUCAGAAAACCUGUAUUGUAUAUUUUCAAUAUUAAAAAGGAAUCAAAAACUAUAUUUCAAAUAGAAGACAUAUCAAAGUAUCCGAACGAAAAAGAAGUUCUAAUACUACCGGGAAAUUUGUUUAAAGUUAAAAAAGUUAUGAAAGAUGUUGAAUUUAAAUAUAAAGAUGAAAACACGGUUGAACCAAUUAAUACUGGCAUUAGAGGAAGCGAAAUUCAUCUUGAAUAUGUAAAUGAAUCGGUAUCGUUUUUUCGAAAACUUGCACAAACCUUUAAAGCAGCCAGAACAAACACGUUACAAAGUUAA